AUGAUAUCGAAGAGCGUACUUUGCUUCCCCAUCUUCAGCCUUGUUGCCGUCGCCAUCAUCAUCAUCAUCAUCACCACCAUCGUGGUGAUGUUUGUGAUGAUCGCCUUUGUCACCAUGGUGAUGAUGGUGAUGGUGGUGGUGGUGGUUGUGGUGGUGAUUCCCACCAUGACCCUCGUGUUUUCCAUUCUCAUCUAG